AUGAAGACGGGUCUCGUCCUCGGGCUGCUCCAUGGCUUCGGCGCGACGCUCUCAGCGCUCGUCGUCGAGAUGCCACCGCCUAUAGUAGCGCGCGAGGCCAUGAGCGCCAUGCGCCUCGUCAACCAGACCGACGUGACCAACGACAUUCCGCAGUUCGAUGCGAUCAUCAAGGCCGCGUACGCGGUGCUCGAGGCCAACUACGACGACCAGAUGCACGCGACCGCACCUGGCGCCAUUGAGAGCAUUGGCUUCCAGCACAUUAAAGCCCGGGACGCGCUGCUCGCGGCCCAAGCGAUUGCCCACCGCAACUUUACGCUGGCCACCAAGCAGUUCACCGCCCUCAUGCGCCAUCAAUGGAGCAACGGGUUCAUGCCCGACGUCAUUUACGGGCCAUCUGUCGGCGCCUCGUCCGCCUGGCUGCCGACCAACAAGACGUACUACCCAGGUCCUGCGUUCUGGUCAAAUUCGGAACACAACGAUGACGCGAACAAAUCGCUACCGACGUCGGGCCUCCUUGCGCCGCCGCUGCACGCGGAGACAGCGAUGCGCAUCUUCUAUCUCGCGCCACUCGACACAUCUAUGGGCACGCCCGUGUACACAGACGACGCAAUGGUCUUCCUCUGCGACGUCUACUCGCCCCUCCGGCGCUUCCACGACUACUUGUUUGCAUCGCGUCAAGCCUCAAACGACUCGCUCCUCGUCCUUCGGGUCAUCUCGAUCCACCCGUGGGAAAGCAUGACAACCAUCGCGCCUGGUUGGAAGGACGCCUUGGCGUCCGUGAAGCUCGCUGCCGACUACGCGCAGGUCAUCAAGCGCCUCAACAUUCCCGCGACUGCCCAAGGCGCGUACGCGGCGGCGGCGUCUCGGUUCUACCCCCGCGACACGUCUGUCGUCCAAGACCUCUACGAGCCCAUGUUGUACCUCGCGAGUUGCUUUGACGGCGCUUCCAAAACACCCAAGUGCGCCACGGACGUGCACGUGCUCGACGUCGAGUUCAAUGCGAUCGUGUUGCGGUCGUCCGAGGCGCUUCUCAACAUGGCCACGCUGCUCCUCAAGCACGCGUCGCGGUCGCUUCGCUUUGAUUGCAACGACGGCCUCCCGCACGCACACGAGAUUGACGCGCUCCAGCGAUCGGUCACCGCGCUCAAAGCUCGGCUUCAGUCGCCACGGCCCGACGGUCUCUGGAACCAAUCGGCCAAGUUUUUCCAAAGCAGUCACGCCAUGUCGCCCACCGUGCAGGGCUUCUUUCCAUUGUACGCGACCGAGCUCCAAGACACGGUGCAGAUUGGCCUCCUCGGUCAUAUUCUGCCGACGCCCCAAACCUUCAACUUUUUUUGCGAUUAUUUUCCCAUGGCUCUAUACCCCUGCCAAGACACGGUCGAGGACGUGCCGCGCAUCACGCUGCUUGUCCACAGUUAUGUUGCCUACCGCGGCUUCCUCAAGAAUUCGUUCUUGGGGGUGGCCCAAGUGCUCUUGCAAAAGACCUUCGCGCUUCUGUCGUCCGUUGACAAGUACCAUUUCUGUGACCAGUUUGAUGCGACGUCCGGUGCGCCGCUCACGACGACGACGGGUCUCUCGUCGACGCUUGCGGCGUCCGUCGCCAUCAACAUGGGUCUUGCCGAUGCGACGCAACCGCCCAGCCCCGACACGCCGCCGAUCAACCGCAAGAUGAUUUUAAUCGUCAUGUGCAUCGAACUCGUCGUUGCCAUGGGCGUCGCGAUCAGCUGCGUCGUCUUCUCCAUCUACUUUGUCGUCAAGCGGCCCCAAGUCGUGGCCCCCCGUCCGGCCGUCGCUUUGACGCCCAACGUGCGCGUCUCGGACAGCUCGGCGAGUCCGAAGAGCGACCACUUGGAAGAGUCGUUGCUCUCGGAAGACGAAGACGUGGACGUAUGA